GGAGAAAGAUAUCACUAGUCACCGAUUAUGAUUGAAGUCUUCGUUGCAGUUGCUCUGAUUUCAUUUGCCUUUAUUUUCUUCAUCCUUCGUAGGGACUCUCGAGGGAUGAAACUCCCUCCAGGGUCCCUAGGACUCCCCAUAAUCGGGGAGUCCUUGAGCUUCCUUAAAGCUCAGAGGGACGAUAGAGGGUCCGAAUGGAUAAACGAAAGGGUUGCCCUCUACGGUCAUGUGUUCAAGACAUCCAUUCUAGGCUCUCCGACUGCGGUCAUAAUCGGUAAGGAGGGUAACAAGUUCGUAUUCAUGGAUGAUGAAGCACUGGAUGGAAACCAGCCAGAGUCCUCCAAGAAGAUCUUCGGGAAAAACAGCAUCUUCGGGCUGAUGGGAGACAGGCAUAAACUUGUAAAGGGUGCAAUGAUGAGCUUCCUAAAACCCCAAAACCUUCAAGAAUACAUAGGAAUCAUGGAUGAUUUGGUGAAAACAGGAUUACUAGCUGAAAUGAAAGAAAAGGACGCGAUCAAGAUUGUGCCUUUUAUGAAAGAUCUCAUGUUCAACAUUACAUGUACUCUAUUGUUUGGAUUAUACGAUGAGCAUACCAAAGCGGCCUUGUUCGAGGAUUUCUCCGAAGCGAUGCAAGCCUCAUGGUCCAUUCCUAUAAAUUUCCCAGGCACCAUCUUCUGGCGGGGCGUAAAAGCAAGAUCUAGGAUUGUUGAACGAAUGGCCCCGAUCGUGAGGAGGAGAAAAGAGAUGCUAGUUGCUGGGACUGUCCGUCCGAAGAGCGAUGUGAUCUCAAGCAUGGUUGCAUUAAGAGAUGAGAAGGGAGAAUCGAUCAGCGAUGAUGAGAUUAUGGAUAAUAUAAUCUCACUGGUAUUUGCUAGUCAUGAUACUACCGCCAUUCUCUUGAGCUUGAUGGUAUGGAAGCUGGCUAGAGAUCCCAAGAUUCAUCAGAAAGUCUUGCAAGAACACAUGGAGAUUUUGAAGGAGAGACAAACACCGGAAGGAAAGCUUACAUGGCGUGAAGUUCAAAAGAUGAAUUAUACAUGGAGAGUUGCACAGGAGCUUAUGAGACUUAUUCCUCCUGUCUUUGGUAGCUUUAGAAAGGCUAUUAAAGACACCAGCUUUGGAGGCUAUGACAUUCCCAAAGGAUGGCAGGUGCUUUGGGUCUGCCCGCCAACUCACAUGGACAAGGACAUCUUCGAAGAUCCUGAUGAGUUCGAUCCAUCACGUUUUCAAAACCCAUCUAAGCCGAUCCCACCGUUCGCUUACAUCCCAUUCGGUGCUGGGGUCCACAUGUGCAUUGGCAACGAAUUCGCUAGGGUUGAGACGCUCACCAUCGUCCAUCACAUGAUCACAAACUUUGAGUGGUCACAAUUGAUUCCUGACGAACCGAUCACACGCCAACCGAUGCCUUAUCCAUCCAUGGGCCUCCCCAUCAAGAUCAAAGCCAGGAAUCCCUCUGAUUUUAUCUCAGAUGCAACACGUUUCUCCUGACUACGUAAAACAUUGCACGGGAAAUGAUGCUCCCGCUUGUAUGAUACUUAUUAAUCGGACCUUUGGAAUCUAGUCAAUGGAUUUAAUGCUUGAUUGGUUUUUAAUAGGCCGUUUGGAUGUAUGUGUGGUCCACCUAUGUUUCGAAUCUGCCUCAGUUUUGGCAUAUAUACUAAAAUAAUAAGAAAGAAAUGGAUGAACUGCAUGGAUAAAAUUUAUA